UGGCUCGGUAGCAAUUUUUUGUUCCGGGUACGAACCGCGCGGAGCGCGCUUUCCCCUUUGUGGGGUCGAGAAGGAACAGGUCGUGCAGGUCGCCCAAGAUGGAUCGUGUCUAUGUGGGCAACAUUGACUGGAAGAUCACAUCUGCUGAACUCAAGGAGCACAUGGAGUCUAUUGGAGAAGUUGUGAGUGCCGAAAUCUUCCAAGAUAGCACUGGCAGAUCCAGAGGCGUUGGUCUGGUGCAGUUCACCUCCCCUGAGGAUGCAAAUUCCGCCAUCGCCAAACUCAAUGACUCCACGCUGGGUGAGCGCAUGAUCUUCGUCCGGGAGGACCGGAAAGAUGGAAAGGGCAAAGGUUUCAAGGGCGACAAAGGAGAUGGCAAAGGGAAAAAGGGUGAGAAGGGGGACGGCUAUGGCAAGAGCUACGGCAAGGGCUUUGACAAAGGUUACGGCAAGGAUGGCAAAGGCAAAGGCAAAGGGAAGGGUCUGCAAGUUGGCCCUGGCGACCGGGGGCGUUUGCUUUAUGUUGGGAACUUGCCAUCUGGAAUUCCUUGGCAGAAAGUGAAGGAUCUUUUCAAGCAAUAUGGCAACGUGAUCCGCGUGGAGAUGCCCACGGACAUGAAUGGAGAAUCAAAAGGCCACGGUAACGUGCUGUUUGAGACAGAGGAUGACGCUCAGAGGGCGAUCCAGGAACUGAACCAAAGCGACUUUGAGGGCAGGAGUAUCGUGGUUCGAUUGGACAACUACGUAUAAGCCGUAUAAGAGCUUCCACUCUCCGGAAGCGGAAUAUUUUUGGAAUAUUAUCUGACCGGUGAAGACACCCGGAUUGAGCUGGAAAUUAAAGAGGGGACGAAGGUUGGUCCAAAGCCGCACGGAACGGAGACUUCGAAAUCGAAUUACG